AGAGGAGACCCCUGUGAGCAGCUGCUGCUGGUGACAAGGCAGUUGGACACUCAAAACUUAGUGAGCUCACUACUUAGUUUUCUGGAAAAUAAAGCAGACGUUUCAUUCACUGAACAUCGGAAAUCUUUUCCUCCGGGUCUGUGUUUUCAAAUGCAUUGGCUUUCCACACCUGACAUGCCGGUGUUCGUGGAAGACCCCGCUCAGUUCUCCAAAGACAGGCUGAAGUCGGAGCUCAUAGCGCAUAAUGUGGACCUACCCCCACCGGAGAGCAAGAAACACGCUUAUGUGGAGCUUUAUCUCAAACAUGUGAGGACAAACAACACCGAUUUCUCUAGCGAUGAAGAGGAGGAUCACCUCAGUGGCAGCGCCAAGAAAGAAGAGGCAGCAGAAAUGGUAGACCUGGGCUUACUGACUGAUGAUCAGCUAAAAGCCAAACUGCUCCAGUAUGGAGUUAAAGCCGGACCUAUUGUAGCUUCCACUAGAGCUUUAUAUGAAAAGAAGCUGAAAAGGCUGCUGGAUUCUUCAGAACAGGCAUCUCAGCACAGGGUCAAUGGCACAAGGGAUGCAGGCUGCUUCUCAGACACUGAGGAAGAGGAUGAGAGGGUGGAAGACGAGGACAAGAACUCCGAGUCAGAGCAGCUUCGGUCUGAAACGGUGUCCUGGACAGAGACCAGCAAAAUCGCAAGCAGCGAAUCUGUGACCGAUGUUCUUUCAGAGAUGUUUCCUGACACUGCCAGAACCCCCACUGGAAUCUAUGCUACAAAGAGACGGCCUAUAAGGGGAGCUGCGGGCCGCCCUGUGCAAUAUAAAUACCCUGAAAUGCCACUUCUCAGUCCCACAACACUGGAGAGGCAGGAGAUUCAGCAGCAUGUGGUGCCUCUGUGGGUUCAGAUCGUGGUCUUCCUCCUGGUGGUCUGCCUGCUGUACCUCAUCUACUCAUCCAUGGAGGAGCCGCUCUCCAAUCCUUUCACUGCUCUGCUCGAAGGUCUGCAUGAAGCUGCUCUCAUAUCCACCUCACAGGACUAAUUUGCCACUGACACAACAGCUUGCCAAAGAAGGUUAAUUCAAAUUUACCUCAGGCUCUAGUCAGCCAAGUAUCCUUCAGAAGAUUAUCUUUUUAAACUGGUGUCAGAGGAAACUGGACUGAAUGAAACUCAAAGAGCUACAUCAGAACACCUGCAUUCUCUGCCACAAUGCCUGCCUUCAAAGACCAUAUAGGAUGAUAAACUGAAUUGAUGAGACGUACUGUAGUUGGCUAAUCCUGUGCAUGGUGUUUUCUCUGAUUUAAUCUUUUACCAUAGACGUGUAUUUUAUACAGUUUAGUUUGAGCUGAACCCCCACAGAAACAAUCACAUUCUUCUCUUACAGUCUUGCACAGCUGGACUAAUAAGUCAUAUAAUAUCUUGCCGUUUUUAAUGUGUACUUUGUUUUGUUUUAUUUGUGAGUAAAUAAAUCUGUUCUCCUAA